AUGCCAACAUUUAGAGAAGCGUGUGAGAAGCUUGGCUUGAUCGGAGACGACAAAGAAUGGGCCACCAUUAUUGAAGAGGUUGCCGAAUGGGCAACAGCUGCUGAACUAAGAUCUCUCUUUGUUUGCAUGCUCCUUCACUGUGAUGUUUCAAAUCCUCGCAGAUUGUGGGAAGCAAAUUGGAGAUGUAUGUCUGAUGACAUAAACCGUAGUAUAAGCCUUGCAGUUACCACCAAUUCUGCCGUUAUAGACGAUCAGGAUCUACAACAAUAUGUACUACGGGAAUUGGAAACUCUUCUUAAUACAAACUCAACUUCAAGUUCAUUGGUUGAGUUCGGUCUACCAAUGCCGGAUGCUUCUGUGGUUUCAGCGCUUGGGAACAGCCUCCUUUUAGAAGAGAAAAGCUAUGACAGAGACGCCUUACGCGCUGAACACACCAGUCUCCACGCAGGCCUUUGUCCAGGACAACUAGCUGUAUACAAUGCAGUCAUGUCUUCAAUUGAGAAUGGAACUCAAAGUCUACUGUUUGUUUACGGUCAUGGUGGAACAGGAAAGACAUACUUGUGGAAAACAAUCAUUGCAUGUCUGAGAUCAAGAGGUGAAAUUGUACUUGCUGUCGCAGCAUCAGGUAUCACAUCAUUGUUGCUUCCAUCCGGUAGAACUGCACACUCUCGAUUUAAAAUCCCGUUGGAACUAACUGAAGAAUCAGUAUGUUACAUAAAGAAGAAAUCAAACCUAUGUAAUUUGCUUUUGCAAACCACUCUAAUAAUAUGGGACGAGGCUCCAAUGAGUGAUCGCAGAUGUUUUGAAUCCCUUGAUAAGACACUAAAGGAUUUAACAUCAAACACUUCACAGUUUUUUGGCGGCAAAUCAGUUUUGCUAGGAGGCUACUUCAGGCAAACCUUGCCAGUAAAACCCAAAUGCACGAAAGCUGAGGUUAUCGAGUCUUGCCUACCCAGUUCAUACUUAUGGAAACAUCUUAUUGUGUAUAGGCUCACUGAAAACAUGCGCAUAGAAUCUUCAUCAACAACCUCAACCACAGGAGCACAGUUGCAGAAUUUUUCAGAAUGGCUCCUAAGAAUAGGAGACGGGAAAGAAGGUGUCGUUGUGGAUUUUGAAGAACCUCACAUCAGAAAAAUUGAAAUACCACCUAAAUUCAUACUGAAGGACUCCAAUGAUGGCCUUCAUAAUCUGAUUUCUUUCAUCUAUGAUGCUCAUUUACUGGCAAACCUGACACCAGCUGCAAUAUCAGAACGUGCUAUUAUAUGCCCAAAAAACGACACAGUUGAGGAGAUAAAUAACUUGGUUCAUGCAAUGUCACCUGGGGAAUGCACUUCUUAUUUCAGCACUGAUUCAAUGGUUCCACAUUCAAACGACGGCGGCGAGACAGAUGCUAUGUACCCGCUUGAAUACUUGAAUGUGCUUAAUUUCAAUGGUAUACCCAAUCAUUGUUUACGCCUUAAACCAAAUAGCCCUAUCAUGUUAAUGCAUAACAUGGAUCAGAAAAACGGCCUAUGUAAUGGUACUCGACUUUUGGUAACACAACUCCUUCCACGGGUAAUCGAGGCCCGCAUUAUAACUGGAACGUCAGUUGGUAAGAAAGUAUACAUACCAAGAAUCAAUUUUGUGCACGACACCAAAGAUCUACCAUUUGUAUUUACACGUCGUCAAUUCCCGGUCAAAAUCUGCUAUGCAAUGACUAUUAACAAGAGUCAAGGACAUUCACUUAAAAAAGUUGGGCUUUACCUACCAGAACCUGUUUUUAGUCAUGGCCAACUAUACGUCGCCUUAUCACGAGCUACCUCACCAAAUUCACUGAAAAUUUUCACGUCAAAUAAGGCGGACGAACAGAACAACACAACAUUAAAUAUUGUUUACAAAGACUUGCUAAAUGAGAUUAACGCUUAA